AUGGACUUGAUAUCUUCUAUCUUUCCCUGUGCCCAGCGGCGCAAGCCGCUGAAAUUCCCCGCUCAAGAGCGAAAUGGCGCACAGCCAGAGAGUGAAGCGUCUCACGCCUCUUCAGCAGCGUCAAGAACCGUCCCCAGCAAGUCCUCAGUGAGGAUGUCGGUUCGGAUUGUUGAAGCAGUCGACUCGCAGACGACCAUUUGCCCCGAGGAGCCCGUGAAUGACCAUGACGGGCUAUUGGAGAACGAGAACGAGAACGAGAAACAGAGGCCUCUAGUCUCAUCUAUCGAGCAUAAAGACGCAGACGCAGGCGCAGAUGCGGACUCAGCGGAAGACGCCAACAUUAGAGUCAUCCACAUGGAUCUGAGCGAUACCCCGACAGCAACCCACGACCCCGCAAAGCUCCCCGAGGUCAAAAGCCGCAUGAUAGAGAAUAUCCCCGAGGAAAGCGACGACGAGGAGGAGGGCAACACACCGUCAUUCGAAGACGACGCUGCCGAGAAAUCAUCUCAAGACGCCAAACGCAACUCAACCUGGCGCCAGAGCUCCAGAAAGUCUCUAGUCGACAUCAUCAACCUCCUGCAAUCGACGACCAGCAACAACAUCAGCACCCUCCGCAUCAACAGCCUGAACUCGUCGGUAACAGCCACCGUAGAGUUCGAGAAGCCGACCCCCAUCGUCAAGAAAGAGAGACGGAUGGGAGCAGCGAUGCUCCCCUCCAUCCGACUUGGGGCCAGGAGAUGGAGCGUCGAUGACGGUGGCAUUGGCAAUGACGGCAGCAUGAACCCCAAGGGGCCUCGCCCUCUUUUUUGCGAGUAA